AUGGGGAAAAAGAGGAAACAUGAGGAAAACGGCGACGAAGACUUGUGGAACAAACGUGUGAAACAUGAGAGCGAUGAUCAGGUAAUUUUAACCUAUUUAAGCAGUAAGCCCAUUGCUAUGCAUUCAGGACGGCACGAUAAACGGUCUGAACAAUGUAUCGAUCGAUGGCAGCGAGAAGUUCAAAGUGUUUCUCAUCAAAAAGCCGAUCGGAGUGAGCUUGGAGGAUUUGAGGGCAUUAAGAUGGUCCAAUGACAAUGAAGUGCUGGCAAAGUCAAAGAUCAAGACUGAAUCCGGCUCGUUUCGAGCUGUGGUGGCCCCGAAAAGCAAAAAAGAGCGAAUGGUGUACGUCCCGGCGUUCAGAGAGAAGGAAGAAGAAGAUGCGAAAAAUAUAAAAGCUCGUGAGUUUCUGAAAGUCAUCUCAGAUAAAUGCAAAAUAAUAUUUUCCAGGCAGUUUUGUCGAGGGAGCGAUCACCAUUUUGCCACAAGAAGUGAAACAUAAACAUUUGGGCGGUUCCAUUUACGAAGAGGGCGAAGAGCCAAUUCCAGAGACUGCUGAAGUUCACCCAGGACUCAAAAAGAUCAAAAAGACGGCAGUUCUUGAGUUGGACUCUCGAAAACAAAGAAAUAAAGCAUACGGUGAUCAGAUUCCCAUUUUGUACCAAUAACUAUUCUGACUUUGCAGGAACCACCACUGAAAGCAACGGAAAUCCUCGAAAACUGAUCAAUCUGCUCAGAAAAUAA